AUGUAUCGAACGCGUCAUGAGUUGGCCAGUGGUUGGUCCUUCAAGCAACUUGACCAGAACUCUGAAGAUUGGCUGCCAGUUCAGCAGGUGCCAACUCAGGUGCAUCUUGAUCUAUUAGCCAACAGAAAAAUUGAGGAUCCUUUUGUCGACUUGAACGAACUAUCGGCACAAUGGAUUGCAGAAAAGGACUGGGUUUAUCGGACGCAGUUUAACGCUCCAAACGCUCCCAGAAAGGGGAUCAAGACGACGCUCGUGUUUGAGGGCCUUGAUACAUUUGCUACAGUCACCUUGAACGGUGUCCAAAUUCUCGAGUCAGAAAACAUGCAUCUCAGUCAUCGGAUAGAUGUAUCUGAUAUCAUCCAACCCGGAGAUGACAAUGUCCUGGAGCUUGUGUUUCGCUCCGCACUUCAUCGGGGUCGUGAAAUUGUGCAACAGCACCCCGAGCAUCAACAUUUUGCGAGACAGACUGAAGAAGGUCGUAUCCCGGUUCGUAAAGCUCAGUACAACUGGGGUUGGGAUUGGGGUCCGAUUCUGAUGACUGCGGGACCCUGGCGUCCUGUUUAUCUCGAACAGUAUUCCUGCAGAAUCAACGAAAUUUCAAUGGAAUACGAGCUUUCCUCGGAUCUGAGUGCUUGCUCAGGAAAGGUAUAUGCUCAAGUUGAUAGUGCGUCUCCAGGGACUGACAGUGUCGUUCUUGAACUGUCUCUGGAUGGCAACACCGUCUUCAGGGAAGAGUGUUCAGUCAACUCUGACGGCCUGGUUGAGGCGAACUUCCGGAUAGAGAAUCCAAGUCUCUGGCAUCCAGCAGGCUACGGGGCACAAUCUCGUUAUAAGUUGUCUGUCGAGCUCUCUCGGGGAGACGUAAAGUCUGACUCUAUGUCAAAGUAUUUCGGAUUCCGCCGCGCCGAGCUGGUUCAGGAGAAGGACCUCUUCGGGAAGUCGUUCUACUUCCGCAUCAACGGCAUCGACAUUUUCUCCGGCGGAUCAUGCUGGAUUCCGGCUGAUAGCUUCCUUUCGCAGAUAUCAUCCCAGCGAUAUCUAGAUUGGAUGAAGUUGUUGGUUGAGGGUAACCAAAUCAUGAUCAGAGUUUGGGGUGGGGGCGUCUACGAAGAUGAUGCAUUCUUUGACGCCUGUGAUGAGCUCGGUAUUCUUGUGUGGCACGACUUUGCUUUCGUAUGUGGCAACUAUCCUGUCUACCCGGCCUUCUUGAAAAGUGUCGAGCAGGAAGCAAGGCAAAAUAUUCAGCGACUACGAUCUCACCCCUCGAUUGUGAUAUGGGCUGGCAACAACGAAGAUUACCAGGUUCAGGAGAGGUAUAAGCUUGAAUACAACCUUCACGACAAAGAUCCCGAAUCCUGGCUUAAAACGACCUUUCCAGCAAGAUAUAUCUACGAAUACUUUUUACCCAAGAUUUUGGCGGAAGAAGAUCCGUCUGCCAUCUAUCAUCCAGGCAGCCCCUGGGGAGACGGAAAGCACACGACUGACCCCACAGUUGGUGACAUCCACCAGUGGAAUAUCUGGCAUGGACAAAUGAGCCGUUACCAAGACAGCGACCAACUCAGCGGUCGUUUCGUCAGCGAGUUCGGGAUGGAGGCAUACCCCCACUUGCAAACCACUCGUAGAAUGAUCACCGAUCCCAGCCAGCAGUACCCUGGUUCCAUCUCGAUGGAUUUCAGAAACAAGGCUGGUGAUCACGAACGGCGUCUUAACACGUAUCUUUGCGAGAACUUUCGGGUCAAAUACGACCUGCCGGCCUUUACUCACUUGACGCAAGUUCUUCAGGCCGAGACAAUGAAGUAUGCAUAUAAGUCAUGGAGGCGGAUGUGGGGCAAGGCAGGCUCGCGGAAAUGCGGCGGAGUGCUAGUAUGGCAGCUCAACGACUGCUGGCCGACCAUGUCUUGGGCCAUAGUCGACUACUACCUUGUCAAAAAACCUUCUUACUACGCUAUAUCCCGAGCGUUACGACCUUUGGAUGUGGGCAUAUCAAGGAGCUGCCCUGAAUGGACCUCUGGCCACGCUGAUCCCACAUUGCUACACGACACCAAAUUCGAUGUUUGGGUAGCCAGCAGCAAGCUUCAAGAAGUAGAGGUUAAUUUGGUGAUCCAAUUCGUCUCGAUCAGAUCCGGGCGAGAGGUGUUUCCGCAGAUUUCGACAAGGGUGUCUGCACAACCCAACGGGACGACGGAGGUGCUUAAGGACCAACAUCUGAAAUAUCACAGACCUGUUGAAGAUGAGAGCAAUGCUACCAUCAGUGUUCGUCGUCAUGACCCCUUUGUCAUUCACGCUACAUUAAGCGUUGGCAAUACAGUUGUGGCAACGGACACGGCUUGGCCCCAGCCGCUGAAGUACUUGGACCUAUCCGAUCGAAAAAUUAGUAUUGAAAGGUCAUCAUCCGGAGAUGAGGUGACAGUGUCCGCCGAACUUCCGGUUAAAGCAUUCGUCUUCGAGGAGAGAGAAGGUCUGAGCCUGAGCGAUAAUGGGUUUGAUAUCGUGCCGGGGGAGAAACAUGUCGUGAAGAUAACUGGGCACGCUGUCACAGCGGAAGAGUUGCGAUGGACAUAUGUUGGAGCAUCAGACAGGUUACCACGGUCUCAAGACUCAAAGUUGUAA